AUGCCCCUUCCCGCCACUGCUUCUGUGUGUGUGUGUGCAGAGGAGAUCUCUGACCUGACUGAGCAGAUCGGAGAGACUGGCAAGAACAUCCAUGAGCUGGAGAAGGCCAAGAAGACAGUGGAAAGAGAGAAGUCUGAGAUCCAGACCGCUCUGGACGAGGUUGRGGGAACACUGGAGCACGAAGAAUCCAAGAUUCUGCGUGUGCAGCUGGAGCUGAACCAGCAGAUCAAGGGUGAGGUGGACAGGAAGAUCGCUGAGAAGGACGAGGAGAUGGAGCAGAUCAAAAGGAAACAGCCCAAGCGAUUUCACCAGCUCAAACAACUGCCUACGUUUAUUUUUUUCACAAAGGUGCGUGAGCUCGAGACUGAAGUGGAGGUCGAGCAGAGAAGAGGUGUAGACGCAGUCAAGGGAAUCCGCAAGUAUGAGCGCAGAGUCAAGGAGCUCACUUACCAGACUGAGGAGGAUAAGAAGAACGUUGGCAGACUUCAGGACCUGGUAGAUAAGCUGCAGAUGAAAGUGAAGGCCUACAAGAGGCACGCUGAGGAAGCRGAGGAAGCAGCAAACCAGCACAUGUCUAAGUUCAGGAAGGUUCAACAUGAGCUGGAGGAGGCUGAGGAGCGUGCUGACAUCGCUGAGACUCAGGUCAACAAGCUCAGAGCCAAGACMCGUGACUCUGGAAAGGGAAAAGAAGUUGCUGAAUAAACAAGAUCAAAGUCUUACAAUUUUCCUGUGUUGCAUAAAAUAUGAUUUUCAUGGUGAAAUUUUGAGCGUUGAUUAAAAACAUGUGGAUCUACAUAUA